UCCCCAGUCCCCACGCAAAUCGCCGCAAGCAAAUCCUCGAUCCUCGCCCGCCAGGUUGAUCCGUCGAUACAUCCCGCCGCAAGAACCUGUCGAUGGCAUUUUCUAAUGGUGAGGCUGAGCACCAAUGGAUACAGAAUGUCCAGUCAGGAGGAGCAGUUCCUUGUCUACCGCCUGAAAACUGUCCUAAUGGCUGGGCUACUCCUCCCGGUGACACAUUUAUGGUCAGAGGCCCAGAGUAUGUUACCACUAAGGCAAAGAUACCUGGUGGGCAGUAUCUUCUGAAGCCUCUGGGAGUUGAUUGGAUCAAAGGCCCAGCAAAAAUCUGCGAGGUCCUGAAAAAUAAGAACCAUCGUGUGAGGAAAGCCAUUGACGAGGAGGUUUCACAUGGUAAUCAGCCUUUUGUCUGGGCUUUCAACCUGCAACUGCCCAGCAAGGAGAACUACAGCGCGAUAUUUUACUUUGUAUCACUGGAACCUGCACCUGAGGGCUCUCUAAUGGAUCAAUUUCUGAAAGGUGAUGACGCUUUCCGGAAAUCCAGACUUAAACUGAUAGCAAAUAUAGUUAAGGGGCCUUGGAUUGUUCGAAAAGCUGUGGGUGAACAAGCCAUCUGCAUACUGGGCAGAGCGCUUUCCUGCAAGUAUGUUCAAGGAUCAAAUUUCUUUGAAGUGGAUGUGGAUAUUGGAUCUUCUAUAGUUGCAAAUGCAAUUGUCCAUCUGGCGUUUGGUUACGUGGCGACAUUGACUGUAGAUUUAGCAUUUCUUAUUGAGAGUCAAGCUGAAUCAGAGCUUCCUGAGAGACUUCUUGGAGCUGUAAGGUUCUCUGAGUUAAGUCCGGGUUCAGCUGGUACGUAUGAAGUGCCAUCUGAGGAGCAGCAGGAAACUGCUCCCAUUCUGCCUGCAAGAUUGUGGCGGAGUUUUUCCCAACUUCUACAAAACCCGAGCAACUCAAUGGAGCAGUCGCCUAGCUCAGAGAACACCAACGGAAGCUUCCACAAAGAAGGCGCCGAUGGCAACACUAAUUGAUUUCCUUGAAUCCUUUUCGAGAGGAGAUCGUAUAGCUUUUGUCUCCCGUCAAAAGGGCCUUCACUGGUGGGAGUUGAUAUGCCAUUUCAGUGUUGUGUAAAAUUCAGCUAGUUCUUAGGAUGAUGAUCGGCCUCAGGUAGUUGUUGUCGAUUAUCAUGAUGCUGGGCCCUGAUGUAAAAAUUAUGCAUACUGGUCAACAGUACAUUAUUCUAUACAUAUAAACUGGAUUGCCUUUUAAUCCAGAAAUUGAGAUGUUGUGUUGCAUUCUCUCCCUGGUA